AACCCUAAACCCUCCCCACCUCCCUCCCGCCGCCCCUCGCCGAUGGCCGCCGCCGCGCGCGCCGCCCUCCCGCGCCCCUACAUCCCCUUCUCUCCCUCCACCCGCCGCAACCCCCGCCUCUCGCUCGCGCCCUCCCCCAUCCCUUGCCUCCGCGGCGGCGCCGCCGCCACCGCCACCGCGGCCCUUCCGCAGCAGCAGGUCACCACGCGCCUGAGCGACGUGAUAGAGGCGCAGCAGUUCGACCGGGACGCGCUGAACGAGAUCUUCGAGGUGGCGCGGGAGAUGGAGGCCGUGGAGCGUGGCUCCCACGGCGCCCCCAGCCGCGUCCUCGAGGGCUACCUCAUGGCCACGCUCUUCUACGAGCCCUCCACGCGCACGCGCCUCUCCUUCGAGGCCGCCAUGCGGAGGCUCGGCGGGGAGGUGCUCACCACCGAGAACGCGCGCGAGUUCUCCUCGGCCGCCAAGGGGGAGACGCUCGAAGAUACCAUAAGGACUGUUGAGGGUUAUUCUGAUAUUAUUGUUCUGAGACAUUUUGAAAGUGGUGCUGCAAGGAGAGCAGCCGACACUGCGGACAUUCCAAUUAUUAACGCAGGGGAUGGGCCAGGGCAACACCCAACCCAGGCUUUGUUGGAUGUGUACACAAUAAAGAGAGAAAUUGGCACACUAGAUGGAAUUAAACUUGGUUUGGUUGGUGACCUUGCUAAUGGGAGGACAGUUCGUUCUCUGGCUUAUCUGAUUGCUAAAUACCAGAACAUUAAGAUAUACUUUGUAUCUCCAGAUGUUGUUAAAAUGAAGGAUGACAUCAAGGACUACUUAAAUUCCAAAGGUGUUGAAUGGGAAGAAAGUUCAGAUUUGUUGGAGGUGGCAUCCAAGUGUGAUGUUAUUUAUCAAACACGUAUUCAAAAAGAAAGAUUUGGUGAGAGGAUUGAUCUUUAUGAAGCUGCUCGUGGUAAGUACAUUGUGGAUAAGAAGGUGCUAAAUGUCCUGCCGAAGCAUGCUGUGAUCAUGCAUCCCCUUCCAAGGCUUGAUGAGGUUAGCAAUUUUCACUGUAUUCAUUGUUUUUCUAUCAUAGUGGUCUCUGUCCCCAUUGAGUUUUAAUUAAUUGUGUCUUGA